AGACUGUUUCCAUCUCGGUCGUCGUGCUGAUCGGCGUCGUCAUCGACGCCGCGUACGAGCCUCGCCGCUUCUCUCGAGAGGACGUGCGCGCUCGUACGUUCCACCUGCGUCGUCCUAGCAAGCGUGAAUCAUCGCGAGGCACGUCGUUCUUUGCGAGAUACGUGCGUCGUGGACGCGUCACGCGACACCUUCUUUUUCUCUUCGAUCUUCCUCGUCCUAAGAUAUUCGUCGUUUCAUUCACACGUUGCUGUAGAUCGUGAGAGAGGUGUGGUAGACGGUUGGAAAAUUUGUGGAUUCUUUGUUGAUUUUAGGUUAGUAAAAAUGAGUUCAUUCGUCGAUGGAUUUUGAUUUUGAUACGUAUCGAAAUCGUUGACAGAUUGGAUAAGAUUAAAUUAAUAACAAAAUAGAUGAAGAUGAAGUAUAUGAUACAAAGGCUUGGUCGUGCUCCAAACUUAAACGCGUCUGAUGAUCCGAAGGCGCAGGGACGAUGUUGAAACCUGAUCGGCGAGUCGAAAGAUCCGCGUCACAGGACCAAUUACGUCACCCCGUACAGGUUCUCAGAUCCUCGUCUCAAAGAAACCAUCAUUCUUGGUUGAUUACGGCCGAAAGAUAUUCUCCCAAUGGACGACGCCGGUUGCCAAAACGAUGUCAGAGUCGAACUGGUGUGCACGGCGAUGUGAUGUGAGAAUCGCAGUUUGGAAUUCCACGUAGAAGAAGAAGAAGAAGAUCUUAAAGGAUCGAGGAGAGAGCUGGAUCGCUUGGCAAUUUUUCUUUGAUUAGCCUUAUCCGGAUGGGUGCAGCUCUUUCGACGAUCUCGGAGGAAGAUUUUGCGAAAAACAACGCUCUUGCGAAAUUUUCUUUUCACGUAUCUCCGUAUGAGCCAGUGAACUCCAAAUCAAUCGAUGGACGAGCCGCACCAGUUUCUUUGAACGAUAUGAGGAAAAAGAAGAAAGAUAAAAAAAUGAAUUAAGAGAUAAUACAGCCAAAUUGCUGAAAUAGAUCUCGAAAUAUAUAUAUAUAUUCCGUUUGAACACAUCCAGGACUCGGUAGACUCGGUUGUGAAAUCCAUCAACCCGUAAUUACGAGGUCGUGAGAUGUUGAACUUCAUGAAGUCGAGAGUCGUGGGACCAGUAAAACACCCCACAGGCAUGAGAUUUCGAGAUAUGUAUAUCAUUUUGAGGAUGCCAGGUGUACCAGGCCACCAAUGGGGGGACCCGGUGGGAGAAUCACGGAACCAUAAGAGAAGUCAUGAGGCACAAUUUCACAUGGAUCCGUGUCCAUUUCCUAUCUUCAACGAUAUAACCAUCGUGGAUCAGCUUCUGGAGUGUGCGAAUCGCGUCGAAAAGACGAUUGCUGCGGAAUCCGAGGAAUUUUCAUUGAUGACGUCUCGAGGGAAGGGGUUGUUAAAUAAACCUCGCGGAAGGAGUGGUAGAACGGAUCCUAAAGAAACGAGGUUUCCCUUCCAUCUCGUUUCUCUCAUUUCGCAGUAAGAGCUUGCACUCUAACGAGAUCCUACGAAGGGAUCCCUUCUCCUAUUUUUGAGGUGAAUAGCUGCGACGACCCUGACCAGAGCUUCUCGAGGAUGGCGAUGGAUCGGCUACUGCUUUCGAACGAAACGGAAGAAGAGUGCCGACAUGUCGGCCUUGAACGCCGGGCCCUGUCGACCCGGGAUUAUACUCUGUCUGGCGGCCGUUCUACUGGCAUCGCAGUCCGAUUCUGCACCCGUUUACGACCAGGAUACCACACAAGUAGCGGAAUACGAUGGAGCCACUGCCGGAUGCUACUACAACUACCAGCAUUACAAGGAGGGGGAUAGAAUCAUCACGAACGAGCCGUGUUUAAACUGCACGUGCCACAAUCGAAUGCUGAUGUGCUACCUCAGGGUUUGCCCGUUCACGAAGGCGAUCGGCCAGGAUUGCACGGUUGAGAAACGGCCGGAUCAAUGCUGCCCCGUCAUCACCUGUCCAGAGGUGCCGGUACAGUUGUUGACCUCCACCACUAGCGCGCCAUCCACUUCCGGCUCCACGGCGGUCGGAUUCCACGACAAUUACGGGUGCAACGUGGACGACCGGUUCUACGCGGACGGUGCCCAAUUGCCCAUCGAUCCUCAGAAUCCUUGCGAGCUCUGCUACUGCAUCAGGAACAGGACAACCUGCGUCAUGCAGGAGUGUACUUUGCGCGUGGCCGGGUGCAGGCCGGUCUAUCAACCCGGAGUGUGCUGUCCUGUCAAAUACAAUUGCGAAUACGACGAGGAACAAGCGACGACGGUUGAACCAACGCCCGGCCUCAUCAUGACCACAACCAUGGCCCCCGGGGCGACCACGUCUCAAUGCUACCACGAGGGAAAGGUUUACGAGGGCGGUGAUUUGAUAUACUCGACCCAGCCUUGCCAGCACUGCUAUUGUUUCCACGGUGACAUCGCGUGCGCUGUCCAGGAUUGCGGAACACCGAUGAAGACUCACGGAAAGAACUGCACGGCCCUGCCACCGCCCGAAGGGGAGUGUUGCCCGACCACGUACGAGUGCGAAGAUGACGGAGAGGUGGUAACGUUACCGAGAGGCGAGGAGCGAUACUCCACGACCGAGGCACACGUUCAGGAGACAACUGUUGCGGCAACGGAAGCAACUGAGAAGCAACUCGAAACGACGGAGGAGUCGUUCCCCGGCUCCGACAACGUAAUUCCUCAAGACCACGAGGCCGCGAGCACCGGGCUACCCGUCGAGGGCGCGUCGUCCACGGAGGAGCCGAAGAAGGAAGAGGCGUCGACUCGAAAAGAAAUCACUGAGGAAUACGCGACCGAAGGUACGGUGGCACCCGAGUUGACAGCACCUCCAAAAGAGCCGGGGGCAACGGAAGAGAUGGUAUUAGAGGGGAAGGACAAGGAACUGGCUACUACACCCGCAGAAGAAACUACUCGAGAAGUGAAAGAAGGGGAAGAGCAACAGGUGGUUACGGAGCAAGCGAUAGUACCGGAAGAAACGCAGACCGUAGGAGGAGAAGUGGAGAAGGGAGAACAGCCUGAAUUACCACCAAGCGGUGAGAAGGAGGAAGAAGCGAAACCAACGGAGGAAGAAAGCGUUUCUGACAAGGGAGAGGAGAAGGAAGAGCCAAACGUCACCUCCGAGUCCUCUGUGGCCGAGGAGGAGCAGCCGGCUGAAAAGUCCACGCGGUUACCUGAACUUCCAAGCGAGGAGAAGGAAACAUCCUCGGUCCCUGAAGCGACAACGGAGAAGGGUUUGAGCGAAGAACAAGUGACGGAGGCAGUGAAGGAAACGGAAGGGCCUGUGAUCGCAUCCGAACAGGAACAAAAAGGCACAACGGUGGCGCCUAGCGAAGAGAAAGGUGCAGAGGAGGCGGCCACGCCUGAAACAGAAGUGGUCACUGAAAAAUCUGUCCCGGAAGUUCCAAGUACCGAACAAGUUCCUGUGCAAGAAGAAGAAGAGAAGAAAGAGGAAGAGAAGCCAAUGCUGGAAGUCAGCACGGAGCAGCAGCCUACAGAGACGAGUGUUGUUCCAACGGAACGUGGCGUAGAACAAGAAGCGACCACGGAAGCUGCAGCAGAAACGGAGCAGCCAAUGGUACACGAACAUAAGACAGUUGGCGUGGCUCCUAAGAAGGAAGACGCGAUUCCUCCCGAAAUUCCUCCGGAACCCAUUUCUCCAGAGGUCACUGAGAAACCGUCUACGAGUGAAAAGGCUGAAGAGGAAGAGGAGGAAACACCGGUGAUCCCUGAACAGGGUCCGACAGGAAUUUCGAUCACGGAACGUAUACCUGAAAGCAAAGCAGAGGACAAGGAAGCAGUGACCGAAAUGCAGGUUACCGAGGGCUACGUUGACAUGAAGCCACCAGAAUUUCACGUACCGAGCAACCUCGUGACCGAGGUUCCUCUGGCCAAGGAACCUUCGUCCACGUAUUUACCGGCAGAGCACGAAACGUCCGCUCCUAAGCAAGAGCAAACCGUACCUAUCGAACAAGAAGGAACCACGAUGAGGGCACAAUUGCCGGAAGAAGGAUCUACGACGGAGCCGCAACAAAAGGCGAAUGAAGAAGAAGUUUCCCCGGUUACCGAAAGUGAUCAUAUUAUAGAAGAAGAGAAAGAAGCGACGGAAGCAGCUUCUAAAGGCACCGAACAACCCGGGCCGAGUGUCGAGGUAUCGACAACGCAACAACCUUCACAGGAACAGGAGACUCAACAGACGGAACAACCUGGCUUACAGGAGGAACAGAGCACGGAAACCUCGUCUUCCGAGGUUUCGCCCACGAAGGAAACUUCCAAGGAAGAACUGCCGACGAAAGGAUUGACUAUCGAGGAAUCCGAAGAAGUAACUUCAUCCGAGGAAGUUAACGAUUCCAGUGAGGAAGUUACUAAAGAGAAACCGAUUGAGAUGGAGAAAGAACACGAGGAACAUCCGUCAGAGACGCCAACUCAGCCUCCUGUAUCCGAGGAACAUCCGACGGAACAACCAGCAGUCGAAGAGGAGACAGUUGGAACUGAGAAAGUGAGUACAGAAAGUGCCCCGAUAGCUCCUUCGACAGAAGCUCCAAGCGGAGAAGAACGAUCCACGGAAGUGGUCCCAGAAGAGAAAGUUAUUACCGAACAAGAAGAGCGAGUCACUGUUGCACCAGAAGAAGGUGUGCCAAGCGAGAAGCCUGAAGUCGGUUCGGAAGCUGCCGAAGAACAGGUGACUGAGAAACCAGUUGCUGGCAAAGAGGAAACUGCCGAAGAACAGGUGACUGAGAAACCAGUUGUUGGCAAAGAGGAACCUGCCGAAGAACAGGUGACUGAGAAACCAGUUGCUGGCAAAGAGGAAGCUGCAGUUACGGCUAAACCAACAGAAGGUGAAGAGAUGAACACAGUACCCGUAGUUAGCGAAGAAGGUGAACCAAGCGAGAAACCUCUCGAAGAAGUUCCGAAAGAAGCUACACCUUCGGAAACGGAAAGCACGUCAGCAACUCAGGAGGCUGAAGAAGCAACGGAAGGAAGCUUGACGAUCGAAGUUCAUCCAACAGUGGCGUCCAUGGAAAGAAAGACAGAAACGCCAGAAUCUUCGGAACAGCCUGUUGUUGUCGAACAAACCGAAGCGCCUAUAACCAAAGAAACGACUGAACAGGUAGAAGAAGAACGGAAGACGGAGGAGCCUACGAAGGAAGAAGAAGAACAAACCGAAGGACCUGCAGCUGCGUCUCCAUCGACGGAAGAGACGAUGACAGAAGCAGGAUUAGAGAAAGAAGGAACUCAAGCUCCUGUUGAGGAGCAUACUAAAUCUCCUAUUAGCGAGCGUAAAGAGGAUGAAGAAAGCGUGAAAGGUGCUGAAGAGCCAUCUGAGAAGGAAGAAGGCGUUCAGAAGCCACCUCUUGAAGAAGAGAAGACAACUGAAAAGCCUGCAGGGGAGGAAGAAAUGACUGCAGUGCCAGAGGAAACUGAAGUAACUGGAAAGCCUAUCGAAGAAGAGAAAUUACCCGAGGAGCAACCUAAUGAAGAGCAGCGACCUAGUGAAGAACCAACGAAGGAGGAAGAACAGAAGUCUGUUGAGGGAAAACUGACUGAAGAACCAGUAGAAAGUGAAAAAGCAACCGAAAAACCAUCUAUUGAAAAGGAGAAACACGCGGAAGAAGAAAAACCGACUGAAAAUCCGAUCGAAGAAGGAAAAACGACAGAAGAGAAGCCAAUUGAACCUGUGGAAGAAGAAAAGGUGAGUGAAAAACCUAUUGUUGAAGAAGAAGAAAAACCAAUAGAAGAGGAGAAAGGAACAGAAAGUCCCAUAGAAGAAGAAAAACAUGUCGAGGAGGAAGGAAAAUUGGGAGAGGAAGAGAAGCCGACUCAAGAACCUGUUGAAGAAGAAGAAAAACCUAUUGAGGAAGAAAAAUCGACAGAAAAAUCUGUUGAGGAAGAAAAACCAACCGAAAAAUCUGUCGAAGGAGAACAACCUACAGAAGAACAGAAACCAACUGAAGAGCCUAUAGGAGAAGAACAACCUAUAGUUGAAGAGCAAAAACCAAUUGAAGUAUCGACUGAAUUGUCUGCUGAAGAACAAAAAUCAACGGAAAGUCCUAUUGAAGAGGAAAAAUCAACGGCGCCUGCGGAAAAAGAAGAAUCUAGCGAAGAAGAAAAAUCUACUACUAAAGCGCCUGUGCAAGAAGAAUCGAGUGAACAGCCCAAAAAAGAAGAAGAAGAAGUGCAACAAAGUGAAGGGCCUGUCGAAAAACCUGCUGAAGAAGUAAAGCCAACUGAACAGCCAAUAGAAGAGGAAGAACAAGGGCCAACUGAAAAGAUUGCCGAAGAAGAGAAACCAUCUGUCGAACCUGUUGAACAGGAAAAGACAACUGUGGAACCUGUUGCGGAAGAAAAACCAAGCGAAGUCGCACCUUCUCAAGAGACUGUACCAAUUGAAAUUUCAACGGAAGGUCCUAUGAUAGAAGAGAAACCCUCUGAAAGUGCUGAACCAAUAUCUACCGAAAUUCCUAUUGUAGAAGAAACUGUUAGCCCAUCUGCUCCUAAAGAGAUAACUGAAGUAUCGACAGAGCUUCCAAAAGAGAUUCCAGAGAGUUCUACGAUCGCUUCGAAAGAAGAAGCUUUGCCCACGGAAGAAACACAAACAGAAAUUGCUGGUAUACCGCAGGAAAAAUUAACGGAAACUCCCAUCGAUCAUGGUGAACUUUCUACAGAACCUACUAAACAAAUUCCAGAACAGCCCACCGAAGAAGGAAGCACUCAACAACCAGAAUCACCGAUUGAAGCGACAACAGCGGUUGUUCCAAGCGAAGAAGCAAUCAAAGAAGAAGGCAAAAUAUCCGCCGAAGAAGGUAUCAUGACUGAAGUAUCACCGACCGAAUCUGCAUCACCUUCCGAGGAAACCAGUCCAGCGGAAGAAGAACAAAAAGUAUCUGUUCCUGAACAAGUUCAAACCGAAGCUCCAUCGAAAGAAGAGGGAACAACUCAAGUUUCUCGAGAAACCGAGGCUCCAAUGUUGGAAGAAAAGAUUAUAGAAGAAGAAGCAACAUCUGCGCCUAAGGAAGGAGAAAUUCCAGAAACUACCCCGUACACGGAAACAUCGUCAAAAGUCGAGACUGAAGGAGUCGAACAAUCCACGUUGGCUGCAGGAAUACCCGAAGAAGAGGUAUCCACGCAGCCUCCUUAUCAUAUACCACCAACAAUUCCAGGAGAGGGCAAUUGUCUCGUCGAAGGUCAAUCUUACAGCAAUAACUCUGCGAUUCCUCCAUCGAAUCCUUGUCAACUCAGUUGCCGUUGCGUCAGUAGUAUUAUUCAGUGCGAUCUGGUUCAAUGUCCACCGCCUCCGAGCCAUUUGUCGAAUUGUAUGCCGCUUCACAUCGGUAAAGAUUCUUGCUGCCCGAUGUACGCUUGCGACUCAACGCCAACCGCUGGCUUGGAGUCCGAUAAUCACAUGAUCGAGCAUGAAACGCCUAAAUACGAAGAGGAGGAGAAACAGAAGACCGUACCACCUCUAGAGACGGAACUUCCUAAGGAAGGAACAACGGAGGGUGUCGAAGUGAAAGAGCAUUCGACCACCGUAGCGCCAAAAAUAAUACCCAACGUGGAAACAGGCGAACAGACGACUACUGCGCCUGGUUUGACAGAAGAAGCGCAAACGACAUCGAAAUCUGUCGAACCUGACCACACGCAAGCGACCACUAUCGUGGAAGGUGCCAAAGAGGCCGAAGAGCAUACUCUCAGCCCAGUAAUGCCUCCGGUGCAGGUAGAGUCUUCUAGUCAAAUACCUUUGGAAGAAACUUUGAAAGAGACUUCAUCGGAAAUACCGAGCAGUUCGGUAAGCGAACAGGAAGAGCAAGCAACAGAAGUGCCAUCCCCUGAACAGCCAAUCGAGAAACAUGUUCCCGAAGAGCAACAACCCUCGAGUCCAGCAGGCGAGGAACAAACAACGCAACCGAUUCAAGAAGAAAAAGAAACUUCCGUUGGAAUUGAAAAGGAAAUUCCUACCACGGUGAAACCAACAGGUGAACAACUACCGGAAGAAGAAGAAAAAUCUGCAGAGGGUGAAGAACAGGCGACCGUCUCUCCCGCGAUCUCGCAAGAAGAUACGAGCCAAAAGUCCGAAAUUCCAAGUUCUACACUCGUACCAGAAGGCCAGCCACAGGAAAGUGCCGAAACUCAGAGACCGUUGGAAGAAGGAACAACUUUGAGCGCGGAAUCGGUAACGCAACCCGAAGAAGAAAGAAAACCUGAACAACCUGAACAGCCUACUGCAAAGGAUGAAUCGCAGACUGUCCAACCCAGUGAAUCAGAAAAAUCAUCUUCAACCGUGGAACCAUCUAUUCCAGAGCAAGAAGUUACUCCUGUGGAACAGGAAACCGUUAAACCUAUCGAAAGUGAAACACCUGGAACGACAAAAGUGGAAAUCUCUACAGAAAUUCCAGCGUCAGAGGAAAUAACUGAAUCUGGCGUGACUAAGGAAGGACCAAGUAAAACUGAAGCACCUCAGGAGAAAGAAGAAGUCACGACACCAAGCGAGGCAGAAGAAACUCCAAAGAAACCAGAGAUUCCUCCAACGGAGGAACAGGCUGUAUCCGUUGGAACUGAACAACCUUUAAUACCUACUACUUUAGCAGGCGAACAAACCAAAGAAGCAACUGCACCUGAAGGCACGCUCAAGGUGACUACGGAAGCAGUGACUGCAGAGGAGCAGCAUACGGAGAUACCUGAACAGCAAACGGAGGAACAAGUGGCAAGUUCGACCGAAUCUGCCGAGGUGAGCACCGAGAAAGAACCAUCGAUAUCUACCGAAACGAAGGAAACGACUGAAGAACAGGGUGUCACUGAAAAGCAGCAACCAACCGUCGUCGAAAGCAAGCCCGAAGAGGAAGCUUUACCUUCGUCCGAACCAACUCCAUCAGCAGAGGAACAAACUCCCGCUCCGCUUGGCGAAGAGGAAGCUACACCUUCCUCCGUUUCUAAGGAAGCGAUUACGGAAGCUACGCAUGAAGCCACCACGGUGAGAACUGCCCCUGUGGAAGUGACUUUGCCUCAAGAACAAACGGAACAGCCUGGUGCUGCUAUCGAGAAAGAAACGGUGGCACCUGUUACCGAAGAAACAGUUACGGAGAGAGUUAAGGAAGAAACCGUUGAAUCAGAGGAACACGUAACGACCGAAAAAGCAGUUUCUGUCGAAAGCGAAGAAACGCCUGAAACUACAGCACCGGUUGAAAUUGCGGGACAGGUGACGGAGAAGGAGGAACAAGCGACAGAAUCUGCGGUGCCAGCGGAGAAGGAAGCAACAAUCGCUCCUGAACAGACACAGAAACCCGAGGAAGGAACUCAGAAAUCGGUUGUGGAAGGUGAGGGAGUUACAGCUAAGAUCGAAGAGCAAUCUAGCGAGACAUCUUCUCCGAUGGAUUAUACCCCAAGCCCAAUUUCGCCAGAAAAGUCGGAAGAGAAGGAAGAGAAGAAACCUGAAAUAAUAACGGAAGGAAUACCGGAAGAGAAAGCGACAACUGUGCCAAGUGAAGUAACUCUGCCUCAAGAGGAACAACAAACUUCCGUGACUGAAAGGAAACCGGAAGAGGGUAUUCCAGAAGUGACUGAAGCACCAUCGAUGGAAGAAGCGACAGGAGGACCGAUGGAAGAAGAAAAGGGACAGGGUGAAGAACAAACGACUCCAGCAGCGGAGAUAGAAAAAGCGACUGUUUCCAAGACACCCCUCGAAGCUGGUCCAACCGAAGUGCCAGAGAAGAUAGUUCCCGAAGAAGUACCGUCCGAGACACCGGAACAAACACUUUCCACCGAACAACCUGUGCAAUUUACGGAAGCUCCUGAGAAGAUAGCGCCUUCCACGGAAGCUCCAGAACAAGAACUUCCUUCCGAGGCUUCAUCAGAGAAAACUGCAACACCAGAGGUGCCGGUACAUUCGACCGAACUACCUGAAAAAGCAAUUCCUGCCGAAGAAGUUUCUGAGAAAGAAGUUCCAAUCGAAGCGCAAGAAGAAAUAAUUACUACCGAAACAUCGGAGAAGGAAGUUCCUAGUGAAGUAUCGACAAAAACUCAACCUACUGAAGCGGCAGGAGAUCAAGUCACAGAAAUGCCGGAGCAAAUUAUUCCAGAAGAAGAAAAACCUAGCGAGGAGAAAAUUGUUCCUGAGGAAGAGAAGCCAGUUGUGACGACAGAAAAGGUUCUUCACGAGGAAGAAGAGAAGCCUGUCGAAGUGACGGAAAAAAUUAUUCCCGAAGAAGAAAAACCAGUUCAAACAACGGAAAAGAUUGUUCCUGAGGAGGAAAAGCCUGCUGAAGUGACCGAGAAGCUUGUUCCCGAAGAGGAAAAGCCAGCCGAGACGACGGAAAAGGAGCUUCCUCCUGAAGAAGAAAAGCUUGCGGAAACAACGGAAAAGAUUCUUUCAGAAGAAGAAAAACCUGUCGAAGUGACGGAAGAACAAAAACCAGCAGUCGAAGAGGAACAACAAACAGUUAGGCCUGAAGAAGAAAAAGAAGAAGAAGAAAUUUCUCAAACUACGGAAGAUCUUUCUCUCAAGGAACAAUUACCCGAACAAGCCGCGACCGAAGCUCCUCAAGAAGCGACCAAGCUUCCAACCAGUGAGGAAGAAGAGUUGCGACCCACUACAGCAGCGGUUGAAGUUGAAACAACGUCUCAUCAAGAAGAACAACCGAAUCCGAUAACCGAAUCGACGGAAACUACAAUCGCGUCCGAGGUGCACGAAGAUACGACUAAGGAAGCGGAACCUUCGGAGGAGGCACAACUUGGCGUAACGAAAGCGCAACCUCCCAUGCCAGAAGCUCAACCUUCCAUCGAACCUGCAAUCGAAACUUCUACGGAACAUGAAGAGGAGGUGGCACAACCAGAGACUGAAAAGGCUCCCGAAGAACAUCCCGCGGUGCAAGUAACUUCUACGGAACAGCCUCAAGAAAAGAGUACCGUGGAACCAACAACGAUUCCGGAAGAGCCCAAAGAGGAAGAAGCUUCCCCAAAACCUGAAGAAGAUCAACAAUCGACCGAGGCAUCCGUCGAAGAGCCCACGACGAAGGCUCAUCCGCUUCCAACAGAGCCAUCUCUCGCCGAAUCGAGCGAAGAGGAGCAGGAGGGAGAAGUAGAAGAACCUGGAUUGCCAGAAACUGCCGGCUCGACGACCGAGAAAGAAGAAUCGGCCGAAGGCUUGGAUCAUCACCUUCCAUCGAUGAACCAAACGUUCGAAACUACUGAACGACCUGUCCAACCCCCUCUUCAUCAGCCAACGAGUACAUUAGCCCCUCAAAUACCCGAGUAUUCCGAUCAGGUAUCCGGAGAGGAGAAUCCGCACUUCCCAACGCAUGGUGGAAGUUAUCUAUCGAAUGAAGAUUACGACGAAGAUGACCAGGCGAUUUACGGACCAGGAACUUGCCGAUACGGCGGCAAAGUCUACGUCUCGGCUCAACAGAUACCAAGGGACGAUCCUUGCGACUUCUGCUUCUGCUUCAGAAGCGACAUCAUCUGUCUGCAACAGAGCUGCCCACCACCGAUCCCAGGUUGCCACGAGGAACCGAUCAGCGGUUUCUGCUGUCCGAGAUACGAGUGCCCGGUGUCGAUGGCCACGUCGCUCAACAUCACUACGACAACGACCACGACCACGACCACGUUACCGCCUCAUUUCCAUGCCCAUGCAUACAAAGGAGCAGCGAAACGAAGCGGAUGUCAGAUUCGCGGCCAAGCGUAUCGCGUUGGAGAAGUCAUUAGGUCCGCAUCCGGACCUUGCCUUCAGUGCACUUGCGGUGGUGACGGGAACAUGAAAUGUGAUCCACGAGUGUGCAGCCCGGAACCGAUGUUGAGGCAAAUGAUAGCCGCAGCCACGGCGAGAAGGAGGAGAUGAGCCGUCCAACGAGAUCCCGGGGAUCCUUUGGACGAACAUACAAGGGAAAAAGGAAGUUUAGAGAGCUGGAUCAGUGUUGUAUAAAAGUGAAUUAAAAAUAUUCUAAACUAUCUAAAUAUCGCGGGAACACAAACUGUAAUGUGCUUCUGCGAUCACGAACUGAGUGGCCAAAACCGUAAACGUUUAUAUUAUAAUAUAAUAUUAUGUUAUAUAAAGAAGAAAAAAAGAGAGGGGGAGAAUGAGAAUAGGAAUAGAGAACGAGAGAGAGAGAGAAAGAGAGAGAGAGAUGAGUACGUGUAACGGAAGGACUAAGAAAAAAAAAAAAGAAAAGAAAAGAAACGAAGAAUUUAACUCUGCGUAAAACAAGAUUCGUUUUUUUUUUUUGGUGCCAAACGUAAAACAGAAAUAAAUCGGUGGAACGAGAAGGGAUAUAAUGGAAAAAGAAAAAAAUAUUUCGUUAUAUAGUUCCACGUUUCACGCCAUUAAUUUUUCUUUUUUUUUUUUUUUUUCAUCAAUAAAAAAAGUAACGAUUAUGGAAGAAAAGAAGCGAUAAAGAAAAAAGAUAAUUUUGCUGAACGUACGAGACUUAUGACUGUGCCUUCGUCAGUGCCGAUAACAGCGGCACUAAUCUUUCGUUCCGUGACAGUCAAGCUGGCGUUAAAUUUAGCCGCGAUCAUCGUCGUUGAAGCUUGGAAAAAAAAAAUGGGAAUAUCGUCAUUUAGGAAUUAACGUGGUGAUGGGAAACAAACGUAUAAAAGAGCGUUCUGAUCGAGCGCGACCAAAAAAAUAUAUAAAUAAAAAAAAAUGCGAAGAAAAUAAUAGGAAUCUGUGUUAUCGACAAACGAUCACGGAACGGUUUCUCUUUUACAGUGGACAUUGUAACAGCAAUCGGUCAUGAUCGUGCGAGGGAUACGACCAGAAAGAUCUUUUUCAACGAGUUGGGCGAAGCUCGGUCGUACUGGUCUCCCAUGUACGAUCAAUAAUUGUGCGUGAGAAUUAUUAAUUAAGAGAAGAGAAUGGUCACGUAUAUUAUGUAAUAAUAUAUUGCUCUUGUAAUACCACUGUAAAAAAACUUGAACAACGAUGAUCGAUGGCGAUCUUGCCCUACGAUCGCGAUAGAUCUUGAUCGUUACACGGCUGACACGCGUCGUGCGCUUACAAUCAGUCCACAUUUACUCGCGUCUGCUGACGUUCCACGCGUGCUGGGAUACGAUCAGAAAGGUUAUAAUAUACGACAAUGUCGCAGAUCCAUGACGAAUUUUUCAAUUAUCGUUCUUCCAAACUAUUUUUUCUGAACGCACAACAUUCCUCUUCUUUGGAGGAAUUUUUAUAAUAUAUAUAUAUAUAUAUCCUUAGUCUUCCUUACAUAUCGCUUGUUCGUUGCAACGAACCGCUGAACUUAACUCGAUAAAAUCGUUUGUACUUUAUACCAUACGAAUCGAAAUACGAACGAGCGAUACGAAAAUCCUUCCCCCGUAGCGUGCAAUAAAAAGACGAUCGUAUUCGAGCACGCGCGUUUGCAUGUGUGCGUGCGCGUGUGUGCAUGGUACAUUUAUACGUUUAAAGAAUAAAAAGAAAAAAAUAGGAAAAAAAAAAGGAAAAAAAGAAGCAAGAAAGACAAGAAAGACGAAAGGUACGCGUAUCUCAAAGCUCAAACAGCGGCUCGCGCGGAGGACCGAUCGCGAAUUUGCUUCUCCGGCGAGCUGGCGUCAUUAUACAUAUAUAUAUAAAUAUAUAUAUAUAAAUAUAAAUAUAUACAUUUAUACGAUUCUUUAUACACACUGUACCCCCCUUUAAAAAUAACAAACACUUAACGAUGUUCUAUACGUUUGUACGAAAGUAUAUGAUAUUAAUUAUGCCUCUAAAACGAUAUACAUUUGUUCUUCUUCGUUCUCUAGUCUCAAAGUGUCGCGGGAUCAAUGUGUCGAGUUCUCCUCCCGCGAUUAUUCCGUGUAAACAAGUCAAUUAGAGUUUGAUUUACCUUUUUAAUAAAAUAAUAAGCCAUACAUACUCACGUGCGUGAAGAAGAGAAACACAGAGUAACAAAAGAAGAGGAAGUGUUGAUCCGUAUGUGUAUAGGGAGCCGAAUGUGUAAACACAUAGUGACAAACACGCUUUGAGACUUCGGAACUUAGGGGCUGUUUUUAGAUGUAAUAGAACGAACGCUGAAUAAUAACAUUCUCUUUGUAAUUUAAUAAGCCAACGAUAUCAGACCGAUAGAGAGUCUAAAGUCGUUUUUUCUCUGUGUCUUCCUUGAAAGAAUUCUCACUGUCCCCGAGCGAAACUUUCCCGUCGAUUUUUUUCUUGUGCACGCGCUCGUUCGUUCGCUCUUAGCUCGUAAACACGCGGACGAACCCGCGUCGCGUGACGAUUCUCGUCGGGGGAAAAAACGGAAUUAGAAUAAUGCUGCAAUGUUUAGUGCUUCCAAUGGCAACUCGAUCGUGAUACAAGUGGCCAUAUCGAUACUGUCAUUGUCUCCAAGAUUUAUCAUAUACAUACGUAACAACGCUACACGUCCGAUAAAUAAAGUUUAAAUAUACAUGGAAUUUACACGAGUCGAUUUUUUAAAGGAAACUCCGCAAUUUGAUUAAAGAUUUAUAUGAAAUGUGAAAAGCAACGCGUUUCAUUUUUUGACUCUAAAAUUAGCAUUCCAAGUUGCAUUUAUAUUGCAAAAUAAGGGAUAGAAAAUAAAAUUUGAGCGAUAAAUUGGAACGAUAUAUAUAUAUAUAUAUAUAACACUGGAACGACCAAACUCUAACGUGUACAUAAAUAUACAUAAUUAUAAUUAAAGUGAUAUGAUGAAAAUAAAAUAACUAGAUAAUCGUGUUUAGAUAAGAUCGAUAAGAGUCAAAAUUCGUUUUGUCAAAUACACUUAUAUAUUUGUAAUAAAUGUACUUUAAAGAGUUUGCCAUUUUAACGAAAUUGGUAGUUCUAGUGUUACAUCUGUUACAUCUUGAAUUUUACUAUCUAAGAGAAAAAAAUUUUGGAAAAAGUAUAAAAACCCAGACCAGCCACUGUUUGUACAUUUCACACGGUCGGGUAGCCACUCCACGUUUUUCACUCGAAAAACGCAAAUUUUCAAAAACGCGUCUAUUCAAAAAGAAUAUUUUUCAUUUUUUUUUUUUUCGAAGCGUAUCGAAAAAUUCACUCGACAACUGAAACGAAAAUAACUUUUUCGGCGAUUUGAAACUCCUUUUCCAAUUUGCAAAUCUUACGAACAAAAGAUCGAAGAUAGAAUCACUGGCAAAACGGUUUUAAUACAUUAAUUUGCGACAAGAGCCAAUAUCGUGAUUCAGUACUUACGCGCAAUCGAAUCGGCUCAUUCCAAGCUAACGAUUCUAGUAAUUAGUCGAGCCUAGUAUUUAUCUUUGAUAAUUUACACAUUAUACACUCAUAGCGAUAUCGUACCGAAAGUAAAUGAAAAAAAAAAAUCCGAAUAUCGUGAGGUUACGAUAUAAUAACGUUUAAUAUUGAUAUACAUGUAUAACUCUUACCGUAAGAUAUAUUAAUUAUUAUGGUAAAACACAUAGGAUGCAUGUAAUUAAUUAACAAUAGCGUGCUCGCCAUUGGUGAAAAAUCUUUCCCGUCGUGUCAACCGAACAAUGAUCAAUCGACGGACGUGUUCUUUACCAACGAGAACGAGUUUACGCGAACUUUAUAUAUAUAUAUAUAUAUAUAAAUAUAUAUAUAAAUAUAAGAAAAAAAAUACAUGAUAUUUAUACACAGAAUGACCAAUUUUUAUCUGGUGCCAAUACGUCUUCUACGUCUCAGACUACGUUCUUCGAUAAAAGAAAAGAAUUUUCGUACGGAAGCCUGAGCGUAAAUUAAAAUUGAUCAUGCUGUGAAUAGCGAGGCGAAUAACUACGCACAGUACGCGAAUAUACUCACUAUGCUCGUGAUGGAUUUAUUUUAUCCGUUUCUUUUUCUAUUUUCAUUUGUUUGUUUUUCCUUUUUCUUCCUAUCUUCUUCUUUCUUCAUACUUUGUAUUCGAUUACAGUGACAACAGAAUGACAAUUAUCACAACCCUUAUUCAAAGCAUAAUCCGUUAUCGGUUGCCGCGUAUAAUAAUAUGUGAUACAUAAAGAAACGAGUGAGCCGAGGAUACCUCGGUGGUCCCGACUGUAUGGAAGUAGGAUAGUUUUGACAGUACGUGCUAGUAUAAAGUGUCCUUUUAUAUGAAUAAAUGAUUUUGUAUGUCAAA